AUGGGCGGCUUCCGUCAAAAACUGAGGAAUCUCCGUUCUGGUUCGAGCAGGACUUCAAGCUCUAAUCAGGCUGACUCGCGAACGCCAUCGGAAACCCCUGCCGCCGGAACAGUGGGAGCCCAGCAGUCAUUGCAGUCAAAUGAACAAACCUCGUCUCCAAGCGCUUUGGACGUGACACCUUCAUCGAGAGACACUAUAAGGUUACAAUCCGAAGUCUGGAACGAUGCCUAUGACGAUCUCAGGAAGGACGCGCCAGGCGUGGUCGACGCAUAUGAGAGGAUCUUAUCCGGCCAGCUCGCGAACAAUGCACCGGCCACAGAAGUUGAAGGCUGCCCCGAGAAUAUCUUCAAGUCUAUUGUUGGGAGAAGGGAUCAGUUGAAGAGACUGAUCGAGGAGGGGCAGGCCAGGAAUGAGAAAUCUGCGGCCGUCAAAGGGAAGAUCAAUGAUGUGAUCGAACCCUUCAGUCAUUUGCGGAGCGUCAUAUCCCUGGCCGUCAAGAAUGAUCCCGUGGCUUCAAUAGCCUGGGUUGGGAUAACUGCCGUGCUCGAUGUUCUCGCUUCGCCACUUUCCGAACCAGGUGAAAAUCGCGAAGGCAUCAAGUACAUUUUGGAGCGUGCGGAGUGGUACUGGAACCUUUCCGCGCUAUUACUCAACCCGGACAAGACUGACGAGUCCAUUGUAGAGCUCCAGAAGAGCCUCAAAAAGAACAUCGUGGAGCUUUACAAGAAGCUGUUGCUAUACCAGAUGAAGAGUGUUUGCCUUUAUGGACGGUCCCAGCCUGCUGUCCUCGUGCGCGAUCUGGUGAAACUAGAUGAUUGGAAGGCACAGAUCACGUCAGUAGAAAAGGCGGCGGCAAGCGUGAGGAACAAUGUCAGCCAGUUCCGAGACGAAGAUAUGAGUGCCCGACUUCGGAAUUUCGACAGAUGUCUCCAAGGAGUGCGAACGGACAUCCAGGCCCUUACAACUGCUGUACAGGACCUCGGAAAUGAGCUUGAGAAGGCAGCUAUUGAAGACCUCAAAGGCGGCCUGGUCAAGGAGGCUCACGACUUGGUGCUCCAGCAGAGCAACUUCCAAAAUUUGCAAAACGAUAACAAGGACGGAAUCAUCUGGAUCACAGGCGGACCAGGCACGGGCAAGACUACAUUUCUCUGUGGAAUCAUUGACCACCUUCUUCAGAAACCACAAUACCACAUGGUCGCGUACUUUUUCUGCCGGGCCGAUCGGCAAAAGACAAGAACCACAAAGUCGGUGCUCCGGGGACUUUUGUGGCUCAUAUGUAAUCAGAGUUGGGGCAUCACACGGCGUUUACGAGAAGAGUAUGAGAACCAGAGCAGAGAGGUGUUCGAAGACGAUGAUGCCAUGGUUUCUGUGGCGCUGGAGAAGAUGUUAGCCAAGGUGUUGAGCGAGCCAAGCAUGCAACAAGCCACUCUCUUCAUCGAUGCUAUCGACGAGUGCGACAGUGACAGCGUCCGUAUUCUCAUCAGGACUAUUGGACGGCUCUCACACGAUCACCCGGUACAAUGGAUCCUGUCAAGCCGUACCUCCGCCAAUUAUCGCAGUCUCUUGUCGGUUGCAGCGCCUGGCGUCUCGCCGUCGUUCUUGGAGUUGAGCAACCAUGUUGUGUCCGGUGCCGCACGGGCCUUUGUCAAGCACAGAGUCAACGAGUUGUCAGCAGCGAAGGGUUAUCACGAGUCCCUGCGGGACUAUGUCCACAAGACACUAUCCUCAAAGGCUAGUGACACAUUCUUGUGGGUAGCUCUCGUGUGUCUCGAGCUUGACGGGUUGGGCAUUGAGCCACGCCACGUAAGGAACACGCUGGAAGCAAUUCCAAAGGGGCUCAACGACUUGUAUCAACGCAUGUUGACUGGCGCUUUGCAAUCAGCCGAUAGCAGUCUGUGCCGCGAGAUUCUGCCACUUGUUUGCAUUGCGAGGCGCCCACUGACACUUGACGAGCUGCGUGCUCUCGUGCCAGCACUUGAAGAGCUGUCAGAGUCGGAUCUCCGUGGAGUUGUGGCCAACUGUGGUUCGUUCUUGCGUGUACAGGGCGCCGACUCCAGCUCUGCGAUCCUGACCUUUGUUCACGAGUCGGCGCGCGAGUACUUGACAGAUGAGGCUCAGCGCACCACGUUCCCUCACGGAAUACCGCACCAGCAACGGCUCAUCCUCCGACAGGCCCUUGUGAACAUCAAAGAAAUAACACGAAAUAUUUACCAUAUGCCCUUUCAUGGGACUAACAUCAACGAAAUCGAGCCGCCAGUACCUGAUCCGCUCUCGAAACUUCGAUACAGCUGCCUCCACUGGCUGGACCACGCGACCUGUCUCCAAGAACAGCAAGAAUGGCAAAUGUCGGAAGAUGAGGCAGUGGAGUCGUUCAUCUGCAGCGACCUCCUUCACUGGCUCGAAGCCCUCAGUAUAAUGUCGAGCAUGCCUCAAGGGACAGCAGGUUUCCAAAAGUUUAGCAAGUUCUAUAGGUCGAGUGCCGGGCAAAAGUCUCAGCAAGUCGGGAGACUGGUCGAAGAAGCGCGCCGCUUUAUUCUUUACAACAAGGAAUGCAUAGAGAUGGCUCCUCUACAGGCCUACGCAUCUGCAAUCCUGUUCAGCCCACAGCAGGGUAUGAGCGAGAUCAAACGUCAUUACCGGGGUGAAUUAGACUGGGUGUCCCUUCAUCCUGCAGCUGCCGGGGCCACAUGGUCGCAGCUCAUUCAGGAGCUCCCAUCCGGCCAUGAUCCGAUGUGCAUGGCUUUUUCUCAUGACGGCCGAUUUCUUGUCACUGGAGACGCCAAGUACAUUGCGAAAAAGCAACACAAAUGA